AUGGCCGACAGUUCAGGGAUGCGCGAUUGUCAUGAUGGAUAUAUCGAAAACGAAUACCGAGAUGAUAUCCCACUAAAAGAGUCUGGGAGUGACGACAGUGCGGAUGAUGAGAAGAAAUACCCGACGACUGCAAAGCUGGUUCCUAUUCUUGUAGGACUGUGCUUUCAGUCUUUUUGCAUCGCGCUGGAUAACACCAUCCUUGCGACUGCAGUCCCAAAGAUCACGGAGCAGUUCAAUUCCCUCGAAGACCUGUCUUGGUAUGCAAGUGCCUAUCUCUUGACGACCUGCGCGGUUACCCUCCCGUUCGGCAAGAUCUACACGUACUACUCCACCAAAUGGACGUAUGUAAUCGCCCUAGGGCUGUUCGAGAUGGGUUCUUUGAUAUGUGCUGUGACGCCGACGUCGAAAGGCCUGAUAUUGGGAAGAGCGAUUGCUGGGAUCGGAUCCGGGGGGUUAUCUCCGGGUGCUCUAUUGGUGCUGGCCAACAGCCUGCCGCUUCAUCGCCGAGCGCUCUAUUUCGGAAUCAUUGGCAGUACCAGCGGCAUUGCAACGGUGACGGGGCCACUACUGGGUGGUCUAUUGACUGACAGAGCCAGCUGGAGAUGGUGUUUCUAUAUCAACAUCCCCCUCGGUGCCAUUACUGCGCUGUUCAUCACUCUUUUCUUCAAGGACUCUCCAAGACACACAAAGAUCGAGCCGGGAAAGAUGAAUCAGCUGCAGCGGAUGGAUCCUAUUGGAAUCCUCGUCUUUAUCCCCGCCAUCAUUUGCAUCCUUUUGACCCUUCAGUGGGGAGGCACUAAAUAUGAAUGGUCCAACCCGCGCAUCAUUUCAAUGUUUGUUCUCUUCGGAGUUUUCGGAGCUUUGUGGUGCGCCGUUCAGUUCUGGAAACAAGAAGAAGCGACCGUUCCACCUCGACUUCUCAAGAAUCGAAAUGUUCUUGGCGCUGUGAUUCAUGCAAUGUUUCUGGGAGGCUCAUUCUUUGUCUUCGGCUUCUAUCUCCCAAUCUGGUUCCAAGCUAUCAAGGAGGAUUCAGCAUCGGAGUCAGGCAUCAACAACCUCCCCAUGGUCGUAUCGAUGAUCGUCUGCUCGGCAAUCGGCGGUCUCCUCGUGAAUCUCAUCGGAUAUUACACACCGCUCAUGUACCUUGGAAGUACCCUUCUCACAAUCGGAUCAGGGCUAUGCACCACGUUCAAAGUCAACACCGGCCACGGCUCGUGGAUCGCAUAUCAGGUCAUUAUAGGAAUGGGCGCAGGAGUCGGUUUCCAGCAGUGUAUCAACGCACUCCAAACAGUUCUACCACUGCACGAUAUCCCAGUUGGAAUCGCCAUCAUCACCUUCGCACAGAGCCUGAGCGGGGCUCUCUUCAUAUCCAUUGCCCAGAACGUCUUUCAAAACCGGCUCGUUGCCAAUCUCGCUCAAAACGCACCAAAUAUCAACCCAGCCGUUGUUAUUGAAGCUGGCGCAGCGAAUCUGGCAGACCGACUCCCGAAAGAUAUCCUCCCCCCCUGUGCUAUAUGCAUACAACAUCGCUGUUACUCAGACAUUCUAUGUAUCGGUGGCUACAGCCGCACUCUCGUUCUUCGGAGCGAGUCUUGUGGAGUGGAAGUCUAUGAGACGAUCAAAGGAGUCCAAGCAGUGUUCUUGAAGGAGUUGGCGGUGUUGUCUGAGCGUUGA